UCACCAUGAGCAUGCCCGACGUUGUCGACGUUCGCGCUGAACUGCACAGCGAGCACGUACUGGACGACUGCGGCAACAAUGCCCAUCUUGCACACGACGUUAAUGAUGCUCUCGGUUCACGGAAGGGCCACGAACUGUUUGACCAUCGCAUCAAGGCUCGGAUGCCCGUCGAGCGGUAUGCGUCCGACUACAACAUGAAUCAUAAACGGCGCGGUUUGGCGCUGAUUUUCAACCAUGAAAACUUCGACGUUCCACAGCUGAAGGCCCGCGCGGGUACGAACGUCGAUUGCGAAAAUCUGACCGCCACCCUCAAGGGCCUAGACUUUGAGGUGCACGUGUUCAAGGAUCUAAAGCUACGCGAUCUGCAGAGGGAGGUAGAACGAGUGUCGCAGAUGGAUCACACGGAUGCCGACUGCAUACUGGUAACGAUCUUAUCGCACGGUGAGCUCGGCUACCUGUACGCAAAGGACUGCCAGUACAAGCUGGACGUCGUAUGGUCGUACUUCACGGCCAACCACUGUCCCACUUUGGCCGGCAAACCGAAACUAUUCUUCAUACAGGCCUGCCAGGGUGAUCAGCUGGACGGUGGUGUGCUGCUCGCCUCCAAGGAUCGCACCGAAACGGACAGCUCGUCCUCGAUGACGUUCAAAAUACCGACGCACGCCGACUUCCUGAUCGCCUACUCCACCAUACCCGGGUUCUACUCGUGGCGCAACACGCAGAAGGGUUCGUGGUUUAUGCAGUCGCUCUGCCACGAGCUGAACCAGCACGGUCGCAAGUACGAUCUGCUGACGCUGCUAACGUUCGUGACGCAGCGCGUCGCGUACGAUUUCGAAUCGAACACGCCGGACAUCCCGAUGAUGCACCAGCAGAAGCAGAUUCCGUGCACCACCACCAUGCUCACCCGUUUGCUGCGUUUCGGGGAGAAGAAACCGUUUUAAAAC